AUGUUGCGGAAUGGUCAGGUAGACGAGCACAUUUACGAAAGAUGCGGCGUAAAAUACGAAGGAUGGCUUCGAUAUUACAGUAAGAUUUCUUUAAACUUUAUGUUUUAGCCCUAGCUUUAAGUCUAGCCUAAAGCCUUGGCCCAGAGCCUUAGCCCAGGGCCCCUAGCUUAGAGCCCCUAGCCCAAAGCUCUAGCCCAUAGCCUAUAGCCCACAGCCCACAGAUCUAGCCCUAGCCCAGAGCCCUAGCCCAGAGCCCUAGCCCAGAGCCCUAGCCCAGAGCCCUAGCCCAGAGCCCUAGCCCAGAGCCCUAGCCCAGAGCCCCUAGCCCAGAGCCCUAGCCCAGAGCCCUAGCCCAGAGCCCUAGCCCAGAGCCCUAGCCCAGAGCCCUAGCCCAGAGCCCUAGCCCAGAGCCCUAGCCCAGAGCCCUAGCCCAGAGCCCUAGCCCAGAGCCCUAGCCCAGAGCCCUAGCCCAGAGCCCUAGCCCAGAGCCCUAGCCCAGAGCCCUAGCCCAGAGCCCUAGCCCAGAGCCCUAGCCCAGAGCCCUAGCCCAGAGCCCUAGCCCAGAGCCCUAGCCCAGAGCCCUAGCCCAGAGCCCUAGCCCAGAGCCCUAGCCCAGAGCCCUAGCCCAGAGCCCUAGCCCAGAGCCCUAGCCCAGAGCCCUAGCCCAGAGCCCUAGCCCAGAGCCCUAGCCCAGAGCCCUAGCCCAGAGCCCUAGCCCAGAGUCCUAGCCCAGAGCUCUAGCCCAGAGCUCUAGUUCAGAGCCCUAGCCUUUUUCUUUUACAAGCCGGAUUUUGGUAGUGCGUAUUUUACAAAAUUGUGAAAUUUUUUUUGAGGCAUUGUUUUAGCUUGCCCAUUCAACAACCAUUUACCGCAAAGCCUUCCUUGGCAAAGCGGUUAUUGUGUGUUUCGAAGCGACGAUCUAACUUUUGUUUGUUACAGAAAUCCAGAGGUAUGUGUAGUAUAAUAUAGCGAGGUUUUACUUUAUAUCGGCAUUCUAUAUUUACGUAUAAAUUAAAAAGACAUUUUAAAUCUUCUAAAGAUUUUAAAUUUAUAACGAAAUGUCACAAAAGGUAUUGAUUUUUUGUAAUACCAAAAAUGGGCUCUUUAUAAUUUACAAGUAUGCAAAAUAACAUUUUUAUUUUUUUUAUAAUCUGGGGAGCCUUAAUUUUCCAAUAAAAUUUUGGAUGAAAUGUAACUUUUUAAUUUUUGCAAUUUAAAUUUUUUAAAAAUUAUUUGCAAUUUUUUUAUUAGAUUUUGAAGGUUUUCUAAUAUCUGAUAAAGCCGUCGUAUUUUACACAAAAAAUAUAAAUACAGAUUAAGUCUCGAAGCGAAAUAUUUCAUGAGCCAAACUGUUUGGCAUUUUGUUUUUUAUAAAUUUAUUUUAUAAAAUAUUAUUGUAAAAUUAAAUUUUCUAUGUGUUUCAAUGGAUUUUAGGUGUUUUUGAAUAGGUAAAUACUGUUUUUAAUUUAAGAAAACUCUUUUGAGGUCUAAAUUAUAUUGUUUUAGUGCAGUAUGGAUAGGAAAGUUGGUUUUUUCUUACAAAGAGGAUGUUAAAAAUAAUUUUUUUAUGUUUAGAAUGAGUUUUUAUUGAUAAAACUACCUAUUUUUUUGUUUAUUUUUAAAAAACAGUUUUGUUUUCUAUCUAAAAUCUAAUGAAAAGAGGCUUUUUAUACCUAAAAUUUAUUGAAAUAGGCCUUUUAUACUUACAAUUUUAUAUAAAACGUCCAUUGUCUUACCUGAAACAUACAUUAUUUUAUGUAAAAGUCUUAAUUUGAUUAAAAUUCUCCCUAUUUAAUUAACUUAUUACCUAAAACUUUAUCUUUCCAGGCCUCAAGAAUCAUAUCGCCAGGUCUACCAACGUUACGACUCGAUUCCGGCCGAAGAGUUCCACCGCCACCAAUCGAAGCAAGUGCAACAUUACCGAGAAAACCGAUCACAAAUGGCUUCUCAACGUUAA